UUUUGGUGCGCAUUUCAAACGGAUAACGUCCUCCGGAACUGAAUAACCACCUUUCAAAACCAGACUGAAACUAACUUCUCCAUUAAUGGCCGCAUCGCUCAACUUCAGCCUCGCCACCGCCGCUAACUUCCGCCGCACUACGCUACCGAAACGCUACACCAACUUCCGUACCACAAUCCGAUGCUCCGGGAGGGUUGAAUGGGAUCCGGAAGGAGUUCUCGGGCCGCCGCAAUCGGGCCAUAUCGCCCGACUGGAGUUCACGACUCGGCUUGAGAAGGACAAGGAAGCCAGAGAAGCAUUCGAGCGCCAUGUCCGCGAGGAGAAAGAGCGUCGCCGAGCUCUUCGUGAGUCGCGAGCUAUCCCGGAUAAGGUAGAGGAUCUGGUUGAGUACUUUCUGGAUACUGAAGCUCAGGAGAUUGAAUUUGAGAUUGCACGAUUGAGACCAAGAUUGAACAAAGACUUUUUUGAUCACCUGAAACUUGAGUUGGGAAAGCUAAGGUUUGCUGUGUCAAAAACCAAGGAUGUAGAAGACAGACAGAUUGAACUUGAAUCACUUCAAAAGGCAUUGGAGGAAGGAACAGAAGCCUAUGAUAAAAUGCAGGCAGAUCUUGUUACAGCAAGGGCAAGCUUAACCAUGAUUUUGACCUCAAAGAAUGUAAAAGCAACUCUACUGGAAAUGGUUGAGCAGAACAAGAUAAACACGCCCUUGCUGGCAAUCCUCGAUGAGAAUAUUGCAAGUGCCCACGAUAGUAACCAGAAAGAAAUAGCAGAAUACAUGGAAAAGAUUAGAGCUGCUGUUCUCAAGUACAUUACUGUUUAGGUUUUGUAGGCUAAGCAUUGAUGCUCCUGUCAUUAAAAUUUUUGUUUUAAAUUUUGAUCUCUGUGCUAUGUAGCAACAUUUAUGAAAUUGUAAGCUACUAAGCUUAUAUGAAUGAGAUAUUUUUUUUUUUUGGGACAA